AUGGAAGACAAACAGCAUUCUGAGAUAGCACAAGAAAAUAGCAGAGCAGAAAAGAAUCUCGGUGUUCUCUACCAGGACAGAGAAAUAAAAACAAGACACAAAAUAGCAAGGUGUCUCCGAAGAGGGAUAGAGUGGGGGCUAGGCGUGUUUUCGUGUCUUCUUUUUAUCAAAGGGCUGUACAGUGAUGCGCUAAAGAAUGGGGCAGGCUCAGUUCUUCCCAAAAUAGUAAUCCUGUCUGCUGUUGGGGUCUCGAUAUACAGCUGGAAGAAGGCGAUAAGCAGCUCUGCUCUUUCUCGAAAAGAAGAGCAUCUUUUCUACCACAAAACAGUUCUGGGCAUUAUAAUAGGCUUGUUUGGCGCCAUAUCGGGAAAUCCGUGGCUUCUCUUCGUUUUGACAAGCAGAUCGCUCAACACCCACCUGUUUGUGUUCAUGCUCUUUACUCAUAUUGUUAUAGGGGGCUCUGUAUUUUUCAUAAACAACGCAGCCAUAAGGCAGAUAAUUUCGAUGUACCCAACGAUAGCCACGACAAUAGUAAACUUUGAAGAGAUCCUAUCUGAGAAGGGCAUGCACUGCACGUACCAAAAGAGCAGAAAAUAUCUUCUGGGCCUUUCUAUAACCUUUGUCUCUUUCUGCAUUAUAGGGUUUUGCUUUUCUCCGUAUGUAGCAGAUGUUCAUAGGCUAUCUUUGCAGUUUUCUGAGAUCCGUGUUUAA